AUGGAACAUAACAUAACCCACCCCACCACGCCAUCACCGCUGUCCACGUCGGACACGGCGAUGCUAGAAGUCCUAGUCCCAGGCUUUGGCUUCAUCUCGAGGAUACUGAUGUCGUAUCUCAACUUUGACAUCAGCUCCUACUUCCAAGUUCUCGUCGGACUGGCCGUCUACGGUGCAACCAUCCGAUACGCAUUACUGAUGCUUUGGGAGCACUUCAACGAGCUGUUCAUCUCAAGAGCUGAGAUACGUUUGGAUGACGAGGCAUUCAAUUAUUUGAUGUUUUGGCUCUCGCGUCAGCCGCUCAUGAAAACAACAAACCGCUUCGUUGCAGGCGUCAGAACCAACAGCUACUGGGACGACGAAGAAGAAUCAGACAACGAAGAUCUAGACGAGACGGCUGAAGACGUCGAGACUCUCGACGGAGAGAAACAGGAUGCCUUUGCCAUGUACUGGGCCAAAGUCACCAGCCGCGACAAGUACAAGAAGAUGCGCUUCACCCCCUCUGAAGGCUGUCACUACUUUUGGUACAAGAACCGGCCGCUCAUGCUCGAACGUGCACAGCGGGAGGGGGGUCCAUAUUGGUUAAUGAACAACGAGCGGAUCUUUGUUUCGUGUCUCGGUCGCAACCCGGCGAUCCUGAAAUCGCUACUGGCAGAGGCACAGCAGGCAUACGUUGAGAAAGACAGCAAUCGCACUAUAAUUUAUCGUGGCUCGCGGUCGCCCGCUGGUUCACAGUUCUCUUGGGUCCGAUGCAUGGCCCGGUUACCGCGUCCUCUUUCUACUGUCAUUCUUGACCAGGACCGAAAGGAAGAUUUCCUUGAUGACAUUAAGGAAUACCUUCAUCCCCGCACACGGCGAUGGUACUCCAACCGGGGUAUUCCCUACCGCCGUGGAUACCUUCUGCAUGGUCCCCCAGGGACGGGAAAGACGAGUUUGUGCUUUGCAGCAGCCGGGAUUCUCGGGCUGAAACUUUACCUGCUUGAUCUGAAUUCCACUGCGCUGGACGAGGAAAGCCUGUCGAUGCUGUUCUCGGAACUUCCGCGCCGAUGCAUUGUAUUACUUGAAGAUGUCGACUCAGCAGGCAUCACCAAAUCUCGAGGAACCAUUCCGGCUCCCUCAACCACGACCCCUCCCAAGUCGGAUGCUCCUGCGGCUGCAACCGAAGCCACCGAAGCCAGCGCAGACGCGACAUCCAAGGAUGAGAAGAAAGGCGGCAUCACGCUCUCAGGACUUCUGAACGUGAUUGACGGCGUUGCUGCCAGCGAGGGCCGAAUCCUCAUCAUGACUACCAACCACAUGGAGAAGCUCGAUGCCGCUCUCCUUCGUCCUGGGCGCGUCGACAUGACAGUCGGCUUUGGGUACACAAGUGAAGCAGAUAUCAAGGAGCUUUUCACCUCGAUUUAUGUCGCGAUGGAGAAGGACAUUGCUCGUCGUGGAAUAUCAACAAUCUCCAGGAGUAGCCGCAAUGGUUCGGUCAAGUCACAAAAUUCCACCAUUUCUCUCGAUGCACCAAAGGCGAACGGCAAAACUGUCCAUCUCGGGGAGAGCAAUGGAGCUAGCAAGAAGGGGAAACAUACAGAUCUGCAGAAUCUGACUGUAUCCCUCCGAGCUCGUAUCCCAGGUCUAGCCUCUGAGUUUGCUGCUAUUGUUCCGGGUGGCGAGUUCACCGCUGCGGAGAUCCAGGGUUAUCUUCUCAAUCAUAAGGAGUCACCUGAUGCAGCUAUUCAAGGUGCGGCGGAGUGGGUUGAGACGGCACAGGAGAAGAAGCGUGCGAGAGAGGAGAAGGAUACGGUUGUAGUUGCAUGA